CGCCAUUGUCCACUUACCACCACGAUUCUUCGCUCGCCAGCCAUGCCCGUCAGGAGCUCCUCCAUAUUGCACGCGGUACACAGCAUAUCCUCAUAGCCGAUCGCGUAUACAACAGCAAAAAGAUCACACGAUGCCGCCAAAGUCACACGACGCGCGAAACGAGAGCUCUUCCGUGCGAGAACGCCAAAUCGCCGCGGCAGCACACGCCCGAGCCAGUAAAAAAAAUGGCCAGCAACCACAUCAGAACGGAAUUGUGAAAUAUGGAGAUAUGCCAAAAAUAUACGACUAUCCGGACGCCUUGACACAACCACAGCAAGGAGCGGGAAUGCAAUGGGACAAAGCCCCCCUCAACCUCCUCGACACCUACCGCGUCGCACACAACCUCUCCUCUCCCGCGGCUUUCACAUCUCCAUAUCGACAAGCUCUGCUCACGAAUCCUGGAAUCGGACGACAAUCGCCUACGAUGGCGCGGAAAAAGGAAAAGAGGAGGGUCUCGAAAGAGCAGUUGGCGUUGGCUGUGAGGAAGAAUUUUAAUGGGGCUGCGGUGAAUGAGAUGGAUGUUGUGGCGGAGAUGGUUUAUAAGGUGCAGAAUAAAGAUAAAGCUUUUCGGAUGCGGUCUGCGCCGAAUGCUGUGAAGAAGUCGUGACAUGGGCGAAGGGUUUUGUUGAUGAGCUUGUACAGCGAGGGAAAUUCUGCAAAUAGGGCGUUUUCGAGGAUGAUGGGGUAUGGGACAAACACGAUGGGAUACCGACUUCGCGUUUAUGAGGAGUCUGGAGUUUGUGCUGGAGCAUUUCGAUAUGCUGUGAUUGCGCGACUGAGCAGCAACCGGCGGCGUUCGCUUGAUAUAGGCAUCGUUUUGGAUAAUUGGUAAUGAAGAGUUGCUAGCUCAUUCUGGCAAG